GAACUUCUAUUACAUCACGAUGCUGAGGGAUCCAGUGUCACGGUACUUGAGUGAAUGGAAGCAUGUCCAGAGGGGUGCGACGUGGAAAACUUCCCUUCAUAUGUGCGAUGGAAGAAGCCCAACACCAGACGAGCUGCCUACCUGUUACGAAGGAGACGACUGGUCUGGAGUCAGUUUACAGGAAUUCAUGGAUUGUAGCUACAACUUGGCCAACAACCGCCAGGUGCGCAUGCUGGCAGACCUCAGCCUGGUGGGAUGCUACAACUUGACUUUCAUGAAUGAAAGUGAAAGAAAUACGAUUCUUCUCCAAAGCGCCAAGAACAAUCUGAAAAAUAUGGCCUUCUUCGGGCUCACAGAAUUCCAGAGGAAAACACAGUAUCUCUUUGAGAGGACAUUCAGCCUGAAAUUCAUUUCCCCAUUCACCCAAUUCAAUGUUACACGGGCCUCCAAUGUGGACAUUGGUGAGGAUGUCCGGCAACGGAUAGAGGAGCUGAAUUUCUUGGACAUGCAGCUGUACGAAUACGCAAAGGACCUGUUCCUGCAGCGCUUCCAGUACUCCAAGCAAGAGGAACAUCAGAAGAACCGGCUAAAGAGGCGAGAGGAACGGCGACUGCUGCGGGAGCAGAGAGCUCACCAGCGGCCAAGGGAAGAGGCAGCAGAAGUAGCUGUUACUGAAGAUUAUAAUAGUCAGGUUGCAAGGUGGUGAUGCUCUUCCAUCUUGACUAAGCAAUGAGAGGAUCAGAGAGUUUGUGCAACUUGGCUACCUGGGAAUUAGCCAAGGAAGGCCUACUGCUUUGACAAAUAAGACCAUGUCUGACAAUUACCGCUCUUUGUCUCAGUUUUUCUUGGUUUCUGCCAGUGAGGAGAAUGUAUUUUUUCUCAGUAGGCAUUGAUUAGUGUUAUUAAAUGGCAGUAGAAUAGAUUCCUGUCCAAAAAGACUUUCUUAAAAGCCCUAAGCUAUGAGGAUGGGUUGAAGAG